AUGUAAUAUAAAUUGUUGUCCCUUCUAUUAAUAUCAACAAUAGUAUGGUAUACGAAUUAACCUUCGAAACAAAGAUUUUAGAGAGGUUUUUCAAAUGAUUUUAAAGCAUUUCUUGAUUAAAAGUAUAAGCUUUGGGGAUUUCAUAGACCUGAUAUAAUUUCUGGAUGUUAUGGGUAUUAGAUUAAUAGAUGUAUAUAGAGGAGCAGAAACAAGACCAACUUAAAAACCUUCUAAAAUACCUAUAAUAUUUAUACAUGGUAAUAGUGAUGUUGCUGUAGGAGAUGGAAGCUAUGGGAAUUAUAUGACAGGAUUUAGCUCAUAGAUUGAAUAUUUUUUAAAUCAAGGAUAUGAGAAAUAAGAUUUAUAUGCCACAACAUGGGGAGAUGCAGACCCUGCUACAGCAAAUUUGAAUUAUCAUUCUGAGAACUAUCUAAAAUACAACAGGGCAUUUGUUGAAGCUGUUUUAGAAUAUACAUAAUCACCUUACGUCAAUAUUAUUUCACAUUCUAUGGGUGUAACUUUGGCCAGAAAAGUAGUUAAAGGAGGAAUAGGUCAUGAUGAAUUAGGUAGUGGCAGAUAUGAUCUAGGGGAUCCACUAACUUCUAAUAUCAAAGUAUUUGUUGGUUUAGCAGGAGGAAAUCUAGGAUNUAUUAUUUUGCUCAUUCCUGGUCAACUUAAAAUUAAUUAAUUGAAAAAAUAAUAGCUCUAAAGAAUAUAGCAAUGUCUUCUUUAAGUAAUUAAAUUUUUUUUGACUAAAUAAAUUAUUAUAAAUUACUUAAACAUUGUCAUAAUAUUGAUUUAAAUUUUAUGA